AUGGCGUCGACGGCAGCUUCCCUCUCAAUCUCCGCCGCCUCCACCAAGUGCGGAAUGGUGGGAUUCCACUCAGCUCCCUCCGCCGUAGUUCUCGAUUUCCCGCUCCGCAGCUCCCCUUUCCCAUCCCUCACCACCACCACCCGCCGCUCCACCUCCCACGUCCGCCCCAUCUCCGCCGUCGCCGCGCCGGAGAAAAUCGAGAACCUGGGCGCCGAAAUCUCCUCCUUGACCCUCGAGGAGGCCCGAAUCCUCGUCGACUACCUGCAGGACAAGCUGGGCGUCUCCGCGGCCGCAUUCGCCCCCGCAGCCGUGGCCGUCGCGCCAGGGGCCGCCGUCGCCGAGGCUGAGGCGCCUGUGGAGAAGACAGAGUUCGAUGUGGUCAUCGAGGAGGUGCCCAGCAACGCGAGGAUUGCGGUGAUCAAGGCGGUCAGGGCGUUGACGAGCUUGGCGUUGAAGGAGGCCAAAGAGCUCAUUGAAGGGCUCCCGAAGAAGUUCAAGGAAGGGGCUUCCAAGGAGGAGGCGGAAGAGGCCAAGAAGCAGCUCGAAGAAGCUGGAGCUAAGAUUGCCAUUGUAUGA